AAACCAUGCAUGUACUUGUUGUCAAUGUGCCUGUUUUGUGAAUUUAUAUCCUAUUAUUUCUUCAGUCUUUUUCAAAAUGCUUGUGUUUCAAACAAAACUUCAAAAAUAUCAGCUGGCAACAUUGAUAUCCUCAGUGAUAUCAAAUUUUCUAAUUUUCUUUGCGACAAUAACACCAGCUUGGCAGGUUGCUGAUGAUUUGGAUGCGGAUAGAUAUGUGCAAUCGGGAUUAUGGCUAUAUUGUCCAGGUCAAGCACAAUGUUGGUAUAUUUUCAGUGAUAGUUUGAUAAACUACUAUGAAAAGGUCGAUGUUUGCCGGUUUUUCUUAAUUGGAGAUUGCAGAAAAAAGCUUCUCAGAACUCCGUACUUCUUCGGAUGGCACUACGCUGUGCUCAUUCUCAACGUCAUUUCUAUGAUUUGUAUGAGUUUGUGCGCUGCAGCCGUGAUUUUCUCAUAUGUCAAACCAGCCCGAUCAAGGAUUUCAGUUAUCAUGCUUGAUGUAUUUGCCGGUUUUGCAAGUUUACUUCUGUGUGUUUCCCUUAUCGUCUUCAUGGUGAAUGCAGAGAUGUUGGAAUCAAAGUAUCUCAUUGGAAUCAAAAAUACUUAUGAGAAAGAAUAUGGUUAUUCAUAUUAUCUGGCCGGACUUGCAUUUGUGAUCUCAGUCAUCACCGUCCUAUUUGCCGCUCUCGUAUCCACAUACACAUUCUUGUUCCCAGAGGAAGUUGCGGAUAGCGAAUACACAUUAAAGAUGUCGAACAACCAAUUUGCGGUAAGAUACAAUAACGAUCUGCCACAACCGUACCAACCGCCAAUGUCACAGUUAAGCAUGCAGAUUCCUUCUACCGAACACGGAUCCUACAUUGCUGGAGCAAUUUCUCCUCGUGGCGAUUUCAAGUCACAAACCCGACACUUUUACAGUUAUUGAAUAGUUUAACCUAAUAGUUUAAUCUAAUCAGAAAAUAACUCAACAAAAGAAUCUCUAAAUGUUUCUAAUUCCAUUGUUCUCUUUGUUUUUACUCAGUUGUAACUUCUUGUUUCACUUCCCGCAAAUUUGAUGGCAUGCUUCACAGAAUAUAUAUAUAACGAGUCUUUAUUUUCAAUUAGAUUCAAUUGUGGCUUUUGUACAAUAUCAAAUAGUUUCCAUUAAUAACAAAACAUUCUCAAAAGUUUGUAAAAUACUGAAUUAAUAAAACGUUGAUGGUUGUGCU